AAGUUUGGGAAUUUCGCACACACUGGAGGAAAGAGGAAGUUUUGCCCUGAAGAGGUUUCGUUUACGGACGUGAAUUAAUCCAGGACACCUGGCAGGAGGAAGCUGCAGAGGAGUAUGGACGGGAACCGCUUUUGACUGAACGGAGUAACUUUACGCUUUAAAAGUGACUAUUAGUCAUUAUUUCGGCCAGUUUUAACACUGAGUGCAACAUAUCGGGACCAUUGUAUAUGUCUCUCAACUCCUGUGAUGGAAACUGCUAUUCGCGUCGGCAUUAGAAGAUUUACUCCAUUCGUGCGUCAUUGAGGAAAAACUUUCUAAAGUUGUAUGAAAGUGUGUUCAUGGAGUUUUACCGCAGCUGACAUGUUAUGAAUGGAUGACAGCAAGCGGUCAUACAUAGUUUUGAUUGGGUAGGUGACAAAUCAAACGGACUCAUUCAUUCCAAUGGUUCACAGCAGUUACCCCUUUCACAAGUGUGGGACGUUUCUGUUUUUUUGAGACAAUGCCCGUCAGAAAGAAAGAUACUCAGCGAGCGCUACAACUUCUGGAAGAGUACAGAACUAAACUCAGUCAGACUGAGGAGCAUCAUCUCAGACACUCCAUUGAGAGAGUUAUCAAUGUUUUUCAGAGUACACUCUUCCAGUCUCUCAUUGAUAUCCAGGAAUUUUAUGAAGUGAGUCUGCAGGAUAAUGAGAAGUCCACAGAGCCUUCAAACCUUAAAACCGGAGAAGUCUUUCCUCCUGUAAAUGAGUGGAAUCUCACUAGCCCCACCAGCACCACUGUACCAACAGAAACUGUGCCCAGCAACGGAAGUGAUGAGAAAUAUAGAUAUCAGGAUGAAGAUACCACAUCGCCUCCAGAGCACAGCUCUCCUCACAUGCCGGGGGAUGGACGUCCUCCUGAGCUUGUACAGGUAUCGGAGAAGAACAUCUCACAAAUUGAGAAUGUACAUGGCUACGUCUCCCAUUCGCACAUCUCUCCAAUGAAGGUAGGGUCUCUGGAGUGCGUGUUUGAUGGACCCUCAACAUUAGGAAGUGAGGAGGUCCCGGCCCCUGUCUUCGCUACUCUGUACUCGCACAGCGACGCACUGAUGCAGGCAAGCCCAGCACCGGUGGUGGUAAACACAGAAAGCCUUGACACAUCGCCCUAUGUGAAUGGAACAGAAGCCGAUUAUGAAUAUGAGGAAAUUACACUUGAACGGGGGAACUCAGGCCUGGGUUUCAGUAUUGCAGGCGGUACCGAUAACCCCCAUAUCGGCGAGGACCCAAGCAUCUUUAUCACAAAGAUCAUCCCGGGAGGAGCUGCUGCACAGGACUGCAGACUCAGAGUUAAUGACUGUAUACUGCGGGUUAAUGAUGUAGACGUGAGAGACGUAACUCACAGCAACGCUGUGGAGGCGCUAAAGGAGGCAGGCUGCAUUGUCAGACUUUAUGUCAGGAGAAGAAAAGCCAGCACAGAGAAAAUAAUGGAAGUAAAGCUGGUAAAAGGUCCUAAAGGUCUAGGUUUCAGUAUAGCUGGAGGACUUGGAAACCAACAUGUUCCCGGGGACAACAGUAUUUAUAUCACCAAAAUCAUUGAGGGGGGAGCUGCCCACAAAGAUGGACGGUUACAGAUUGGGGAUAAACUUUUGGCUGUCAAUGCUGCUUGCCUUGAAGAGGUCACUCACGAAGAUGCUGUGACUGCCUUGAAAAACACCCCCGAUGUUGUUUAUUUAAAAGUGGCAAAACCCACCAGUGUCUUUAUGAAUGAAAGCUACGUUCCUCCCGAUGUCACCAGCUCAUAUUCGCAGCACAUGGAGAACCAUAUCAGCACCCAAAGCUAUCUGAGUCAGCCAUUAACCCCUGCCACCCCAUCACGGUACUCUCCUGUCUCAAAAGGCAUGCUGGGAGAUGAUGAGUUUACAAGGGAAUCAAGGAAGAUAGUUUUACAUCGGGGCUCCACGGGUUUGGGCUUCAACAUUGUAGGAGGAGAAGAUGGAGAAGGAAUAUUCAUCUCCUUCAUCCUAGCAGGAGGGCCUGCAGACCUGUGUGGAGAGCUGAGGAAAGGAGACCGCAUUAUCUCUGUUAAUGGGGUGGACCUACGCAACGCAACUCACGAACAGGCGGCCGCGGCAUUGAAGAACGCAGGACAGACGGUCACAAUUGUGGCUCUGUACAGACCUGAGGAGUACAGUCGAUUUGAAGCAAAAAUCCAUGAUCUUCGGGAACAGAUGAUGAACAGCAGUAUUAGUUCAGGCUCCGGCUCAUUGCGGACUAGUCAGAAGAGAACCCUGUAUGUCAGAGCCCUGUUUGAUUAUGACAUAACAAAGGAUUCGGGCCUCCCUAGUCAGGGACUAAACUUCCGUUUUGGCGACAUCCUUCAUGUCCUGAAUGCCUCAGACGAGGAGUGGUGGCAGGCACGGCAUGUGACUCCAGAUGGCGAGAUGGGCGUCAUUCCCAGCAAAAAGAGGGUGGAGAGAAAAGAAAGGGCCAGAUUAAAGACGGUCAAAUUCAACUCCAAGACACGAGACAAAGCGCAGUCGCUCAAUGACAAGCGUAAAAAGAACCUCUUUUCGCGAAAGUUCACUUUCCACAAGAGCAAGGAGGCCAGCGAGCAGGAAACGAGCGAUGUGGACCAGCAUGUAACUUCUAAUGCCAGCGAUAGUGAGAGUAGUUACCGUGGACUGGAAGAUUAUGUUAUUUCAUACGAGACGGUCGCACAACAGGAAGUGAAUUACAGCCGUCCAGUCAUCAUUCUUGGACCAAUGAAAGACAGAAUCAAUGAUGAUUUGAUCUCAGAGUUCCCUGACAAGUUUGGAUCAUGCGUUCCCCGUGAGUACCCCUGUUCCCAUAAAAAUAUUAUUUUUAUUCUUUUUAAUGUUUCAUUAUUGGCAUCACCUGAGGUCAAUAUUUCUCUUUUGCUAGACACGACUAGACCAAAGCGGGACUAUGAAGUUGAUGGCAGAGACUACCAUUUUGUUAUAUCAAGGGAGCAAAUGGAAAAAGACAUUCAGGAUCACAAGUUCAUUGAAGCCGGUCAAUAUAACAACCAUCUCUAUGGGACGAGCGUGCAGUCUGUACGAGAGGUGGCAGAAAAGGGGAAACACUGCAUACUGGAUGUCUCGGGAAACGCCAUCAAACGGCUUCAGUUAGCACAGCUCUACCCCGUUGCUGUGUUUGUGAAGCCAAAAUCAAUGGAGAAUAUUUUAGAGAUGAAUAAGAGGUUUCUGGAGGAACAAGCCAGAAAGACAUAUGACAGAGCCAUGAAGCUGGAGCAGGAAUUCCUAGAGCAGUUCACCGCCAUUGUACAAGGAGACACAUUGGAAGAGAUCUACAACCAGGUUAAACAAAUCAUCGAGGAGCAGUCUGGACCGUACAUUUGGGUACCAGCCAAAGAGAAAAUGUGAGAUGGCUGGAGACACGGAAAACUUUAAACUUGUUUUUUUUUUCGUAUUUUUUCUUUCUGUAUCCUUAUUUUUUAUACUAACCUUGCGUGCAACUUGCAUUGGAGUUCUGAUCCUCAAGCAUAGGGUGUUUUUUGGGGGAUGGCCUUGAGUGGAGUCUCACGCCUCUCUGUGAGACUGCUGUCUAGAACUCGCACCCCAAUCUCCGCAUUCAUCCUCCGGCGAGAGGAGAUAUGCCUGACCUGCGACUUUACUGGACAGAUAUACGGUACAGAUUCCUUAAUGUUUAAGGGAGGUGAAUUACUGGAAGGAUAAACAAUGGUGAUGCAUCAUAUACGUAUGUUUGGUUUUGUUUGUAUCACAGGUUAACGCUUUUAGGUUUCUUCACAAUCUGAAAACACGAUAGGCGACACUUUGCACGUUUCAGCAUUAAGAGCAUGUUUAGUUUACAAAUGUCCUUUGUCAGAUGGAUUUGGGCUACAUGAAUUACAUCCAUUAUAUUAAUUUGACUUUGGUUUGGUAAGAUUGAGCCCACUCGCUUUACUCGGCAGAUCUCACAAGUGCACAAGGAGGACAAAAUAUUUGGCACAAAAUUCUUUUUUAUAUUAAAUGUCUAUUUGUCUUAAAGAUCUCUGUACAUUUUAAUUAAGGUGCAUAUGAGAGUAGUUUUUAGUAAAGGUUUAAAAGGAUCAGCUGACAUUUUUUCGUUUCAAAUCCAGGUGUUGACAUAUUCUUACUUAAAGAAACAGCAAUGCAAAUAAGAGUAAAAAUUGUAAUGUAUAUUUAACCCUCAGUAUACUGCCUAUUUUGUUAUAAUAAAGUCUAUAUUGAGCUUUAAUUAAACUACACCUAUGGGAAUUAUUUUCUUUAAAAUGUCAAACAUACAUGCAUAUGUGUGUGUAUGUAUAUAAAAAGAACUAUAAAUGUAUAUAUAUAUAUUUUGUUUUACUUUAAUCACCAUUUCUUUUUUGCUUUUGGUUGGGUUUUAUGCAAAAUACACUGUCACAGGACACUUGAGUUGAAUGAUGGUGUUCAAACGAUCUGAAAACUCAAAUUGACAGUUUGUUGUUCUCAGCCCUCUCUCUUUCUUAUGUAUGUGUCAUAUUUACUUUUUCAUGUGACAUGCAUGAUUUCUAAAAGCAAUAGUCUUUAACACAUUCAAUAUAAUUGAGAAGCACGAGAGAGGGCUUCUGUUUCUGUUUUAACAGAGGUUUUGAACAUGUCAGAGUUAGCAUGAACUGUAAACUUUAGAGGCUAGAUUAUCGCCUCCAUGUUUGUAAACCUGAUAGUUGAAGAGAGUUUUGCUUUGCUACUCUCUAACGCGAGCCUUUAAUUCUCCACCAGGGGGCGCACUUACAGCAUCCCCUUUUUCUUCUUAUUUUACUUGGAGAUGAUUGUUUUCUGAAAGAUUGCAAUUUGUCACCAUGGCUUUCUAACACAUUUUUUGACUGGAUUAUGUAAAUAAUCUGCCAAUUUGAUUCAUUCCAUUUGUCAACGAGGAGAACAGCUAAUAAAUUGUUUUUUUUUCUCA